UUCAAGCCAAACAGCACUGCUUUUGCUGUCUAGUCUUUAGUUAGCAUUGCACUAUACUGCAAGCGCAACGAAACUGAUUGUAAAAUGUUGAUUGUUGUGCAAAUAGUGAUGUUAUUUUUGUAUACAAAUUCCAUAGCAAGUCAAAGUUCAAUUCCCAGAUCUUACGAAGAUGUGAAACUCCAUCGAAAAGCUAAUCUGAUGCUGCUGCCUAAUGGUUCAGAAUGUGGUCCAGAUAGGAACAGCAAUCUUCGUAACUUGGUGACGCCAUAUGUCAUAAAUGGACAACCAACUAGUUUAGAUCAGUAUCCUUGGCUUGCACUCAUCAAGUAUAUCAAUGAAGAUGACGAAGAGCUGUUCCUGUGUGGCGGUUCUCUAAUCAACGAUCGUUACGUCCUCACGGCAGCUCACUGCAUCAACAAUAUGAUUGUCGGAGUACGGCUCGGAGAGUGGGAUCUUGACACUGACCCCGACUGCGUGGUCAAGAACAAGGUUCGUCACUGUGCCGAUCCGGUGAUAAACGUUGGAAUCGAGCGAAUCCUGCUGCACAAGAACUACACGAGACGACUGUCCAAGGGAGGUAAAAUCGAUAUGGCUUUGCUGAGGCUUGAUCGGGUUGUGAACUUCGGAAGAUACGUUGCGCCGAUUUGUCUUGAGAAAAGUUUGGCGGAAGGGGAACUGCCUGAUGGCCAGAUGAUGUACUUGGCUGGUUGGGGAACCACUGAGCAUGGCGAUGUAAGCAGACGGAAGCUGUACGUGGACGUUCAUAGCGUCAACUUGGAGGAGUGUCGCCGGUUGGUGAAUGCUCCGUUGAUCAAGAUCGACGAGACGUUGAUCUGCGCGUUAGGUCAGGACGGGAAGGAUUCGUGUCAGGGCGAUUCGGGGGGUCCUUUGAUGGAACGGAGGUCGUUGGAGGAUGGGAGGGUUGGGUAUGUGCUGAGGGGAAUUAUCAGUAAUGGGUUGUCUUGUGGAUCCACCAAGCCUGGGUUCUACACGAACGUGUACAAGCAGAUGGAUUGGAUUGUGUCUAAUCUGGAGCCCUGAUUUAAAAAGAUUUUAAAAAAUAUACCUCGAGAAUUCUCUGGCAUUGCAAUCAUUUUUAUUAAGCCCUUGACUUGUGUUUACCAAUACACUUGACCGUGAAAUCAUCAAUACUCAAUAAUUGUAAAUAAAAGUAUUGCAUUCGACUUUAUCAGCA